AUGUCACCACCUGGUAUGGACUUCACGUUGGAUCCCCCGGACUCCGGAAGCCCUUCUUGGGCAAGCUCAACCCCCAGGCCCGGCCGGUUGCAGUUUUGGGUUGACAUGGCCAAUGGUCCCGGUUUCGAUGUGGGGAGCCCUGAGCCAGAGAGUCCUCGCCCCGAUGAGGAGGCCGUCGAUGCCAUGGCUCGUCAUCCGAGUUCCCCAUCAGCCCACAGCGCGAUAUUGGGCACUUCGGAUCUCUCUUCUUCUGACAAGCCACCUGGUGGGCAAGAUCCUCGGUCCCCUGCAAAUAUCCUGCCGCCCGCAUCUCUAUCCGCGAUAGCCGAAGCCCCUCCAUUGGGUGGCCAGCAUGCCCAGAUCGUGACACGCGGUGGGAGAUUGCAGGUGGCUGAGGACGGCCACAGCAGUCCAUCUCUCAAGAACCUUCGUGUCGACGGCGAGCUCGCCAUUAAGAGUGCGGGUCUGCAAUGGGACAGCGACCCGGCAUAUGAAGCCCAUCUAUGGGAAUGCUAUCUCAUAUGGCUUAACCCUUUGACAAGUCUAGUUGAUCGUAACCUCUUCGAUCAAGACAAGGAGAAUUUCAUGUGCUCGCAGGAGAGCAAUUUUUACUCGCCUGCCCUGGAAAAUGCUGUCUUGUCCACAGGCGCCAUGCACACAACGCGUCAAAACCCUUCUAUCAUGGAUGACCCCUGUAAAUUCUUUGCCAGCAGAGCGAAAGUUUACCUAGACUUGGAACUUCAGACGCCAACAAUAGCAACCCUCCAAGCUCUUGUUCUCCUCUGUGAGUAUGAAGCUGCCCAGGGUAGGGACAGCCAAGGAUGGAUAUACUCAGGAAUUGCCUCCCGGAUACUAUCCGAUCUAGGACUCCAUUCGCAUUGGAGCUCUCCAGAUGAAACCGAAAGCUGUGGUGCUGAUAUCUCAGACAUAAAAGCCCGUGUCUUCUGGUCUGUUGUCCACCUGGACACGAUUUGGUCAAGCUGGUGCGGACGGCCUCAGUCCCUUACUACGAGAGACCUUCUCUCUCGCCAAGCUCCCACCCUGAGAUGCUCGGGUGCCACAGACACCGAUUCCCAAGGCGACGUAUACGUUUAUCUGGCCCCGUUGGUGACGCAUUUUAGCAAAGUCAUCGAGUACAUGCAAGUUAAUGCCCAUGAGUCCAAGCUUGUAUUGACCCAGUGGUGA